AGGCUGACAGACAUGCGGGGGCGGAGCGUCAGGACCGUGAGGCAGGACCAUAGACUGUAAAAAACAGGACCCGUCACAGAGAGCAAACACUUCUUUUCACACAGGGCAUUUUUUAUAUGAGGCUCUCUGUCUGAGGCGGGCAGGUUUCACGAGAGGUACCUACGGUUUCGUACAUUCUCAGCAACAAAGCAUGUCUUUUUGCGCGCUGUGAAAGAGCCUGUGUGGAGCCCGACAGAAGAGAGGGAGAAGACUACCUGCCAGACUGUCUGCCUGUCACCAGAGAUGAUGCGGAAAACCUGGGGAACUAUCCCGAAGGAGUCUACUGAUGGAGAAGAAAACUUGACGGGGAUGUAAACGCGGACCAUCAAUCUCUAAUCAGGAGUGUUUCCUGUCACCGUAAUGGCUUUAAGUGAGAUCUCUCUCUUCACUCACCUGUUCCUGGUCAUCCAGCUCUUCGUCCCUCUCACCCUGUCUUCCCUACACCCUCUUCAUCCUCCUCCUGUCCACGUCCCCACCCUGGUCCCUCACCAACCGACGCCUCUCCUCCGCUCCCGCUUCAGUGCUCAGACUCAGCUGGACUUCAACACCCACUGCAACUCCAGCUGCUUCCACCGAGGAGAGCAGAAGGAGCAGCUUGAGGAGAAGCUGGCCUUUGAGACGCUGUAUGCCGACGGCUCCCGCACUCUCACUACUGUGGACGUGGAAGAUGAGGAGGAGUUUGAGGAUCACUUUGCUCACCCCCCACCCAGGAGGUUAAAGCCUGGACACAGACGAGUGCGGCGGCAGAUCUACGGAGCAGACGGUCGUUUUAACAUCCAAGGUGACAACUUCCUGAUGGACUACCCAUUCUCUACAGCUGUGCGAAUCUCCACCGGCUGCACUGGGGUUCUUGUGUCCCAGCAGCACGUCCUCACGGCCGCUCACUGUGUGCAUGAUGGGAAAGAUUAUGUGAAGGGAGCUCGGAGGCUUCGGGUAGGAUUCUUGAUUCCUCCAUCCAUGAAUGGUACAAAAGACGGCUCCACAUCCUCCAAGAAGCCUCUGAUUCGCUGGGUGAGGGUGAGACGUACGCGCGUGCCAAAGGGCUGGAUCCAGGGCCCUCAGGAUGUCAGCAUGGACUUUGAUUAUGCACUGCUGGAGCUGCGGUGGCCUCAUAGGCGUCCCUUCAUGCGCCUCUCUGUCGCCCCUUCCUCUGAUGACCUGGCAGGGAAGCGAAUCCACUUCUCAGGAUUUGACAGCGACAGAUCUGGAGAGCUGGUGUACAGAUUCUGUCCAGUAGAAGAAGAGUCGAGCGACUUGAUCUACCAGCACUGUGAUGCCCGGCCCGGAGCGAGUGGAUCAGGGGUGUAUGGGAGAGUGUGGGACAAUGGUUUAGAGCGCUGGGAGAGGAAAGUCAUCGGGAUUUUUUCUGGACACCAGUGGUUAGAGAUAGACGGGGAGAACCGGGAUUAUAAUGUGGCCGUGCGGAUCACUCCUCUGAAGUUUGCUCAGAUCUGUUACUGGGUGCACGGAAACCGACUUGACUGUGUCCACGACUAGGAGGGAGGUUGUUUUGAAAAACACAAAAGCACAAUGACAGAGCAUAACAAACAUUCAAAAUAAAAUCCUUUAUUGAUCCACCAGUAGAGCAGAUCUUUCAUCAUAUCCAGUCCCUCAUCAUUUCUCUCCUGUGUGUAACUUUGCACCUGUAUCCUCUGAGAUCAUCACUACGGCAUCUUUUAAUGUGCUUGAGCCUGCAGUCAGAUUAAUAACACAGUCAGUGUUUCCACAGUAUUAAUAACAGAAGCCACUUUUACAAGAGGGAAAAACACUUUAUCUUGUGUGUGCGUGUGUGUGGAUGUGUGUGUGUGUGUGACUAGCACCAGGUUACUUUCCAGCUGUGGACUGACACUUUGUUUUAACAUCUGUCCCACUCUCUUUCUGACAUUGGGGAAAUGGUUUGAUGCUGUUAAAGCUCCUCCAGGAUCUCUCACUUAAUAAAGUUUUUGGGACGCCAUUGAUGCCUUUUUUUUUCAUGACAUGUCAGCAGACAGUUUGCUCUUCUCAGUGUGGACUAAAGUCACAGAGUGUUAAUUUUAUUUUUUGACAAAUGCCUGAUAUAUUUUAAUAAACAGAGAUUUAUUGUAA